UUAAUCAGUUGUUUUCAGUUACGAAAACUUCGAAACGGUAAAAAAAAAUGAAAAAGAAAGACCAGACGACGUCAAAACCACGCAUGCGACGACAAAAAGCUAGAGCGCCCUCCGCUGUCGCCGAAAACCAUGUGGGAAAACGAUGUUGAUGUUUUCCUAGCCUACGUACAUGGUGGAUUAGACUAUUUUCUGCUGGGUUGCCCUUUCUCUGAAGAAUUGUUUUCCCACAGUAUUGGUAAAUUCUGGGUUUUAUUCUAAAGGUUUGCAUGUGGACGGGUUUUACGAAUCCCUCGAAAGCUGAACGGCACCAGUUAUGAGCAUGAGAACCCCCGUAGCAUUAGUACCACCGCUGGCGUGACUAGCACAGCAGUGUUGGCUUGCCGUGCAAGUUCGAGUGCUUGACGUCGAACGCACAUCAUCAUGUGAAAUUCUGAGUAGGCCUAGAAUUGACAAGAGGACAAUCUCCUGAGACUUGCCUCAUCCAAACACACAUGCACAGAUAUCUCACGUCCAUUCAUCAUUGAUGAAGUUAUCAGCCUGAGACAGUGACUCGGACAAACACAUCUCAUCCUGUGAGUGCUGGGAGUUGUCAGAUGGAUUGCAGGGUGUUGGAGGGUCCAUGUCAAAUCUUAUUAUCAACAGCAGUUGACCAUGUUUUCAACAUUCGGCUUCUUGGGACGCAGGACUAGCAUGGAGUUUGCCAAUUCGCCCCACUCUUCCUCAAGAACAGAAGAGCAAGACAGAGAUUCUCUGGAGACUGAGGAUGGAUCUCAAAUGAUGGCCCAUCAAGCAGCAGCCACUGGUAAUGUACCACUUCUUAUGGAGGCUGUCAACCAUGAUCCAAGUGCCUUAGAGAGUCAAGAUGAAAAAGGAAUGACACCCCUUUCUCGUGCAGUUAUCAAUAAGCAGCUAGAUAUGGUCAAACUUCUGGUCAAGAUGGGUGCAGAUAUUAACAUCCAAGAUGCUCUUGGGAGGACACCUCUCUGUUUGGCUGCUUAUGAGGGUUGGUACCAUGGUGUGAUCUACCUGUUACGUAGUGGAGGCAAGCAAGCAAUAGCAGACACAAGUGGCCGUUUGCCUCUGCAUGCCGCAACCCACGACAAAGACUCAAGAACUCUGUCAGCCCUUCUUCAAACUCUGACCAUCGGUGAUGUCAAUGAACCUGAUAAUGAUGGCAUGACUGCUUUACACUGGGCAGCAUUCCACAAUCGGCCUGAGCAUGUACAGUUACUCAUGCUGCGAGGUGGAGACCUGUACAGUGUCGAUGUAGACGGAAAGACUCCUCUUCAUUGGGCAAGCCAGAAUGGUUGCCUGGCCUGCUGUUCCAUCAUGGCCAAAUGUCGCAGUGGAGGUGCUCCAUUGAUCAACAUGUUGGAAGGCUCAGGCAAGUCCUGUGUACACUUAGCAGCAGCAGCAGGUUAUAGCAACAUCUUGGAGGAGUUUGUUGAUGUUCCUGUUGUUGAUUUUGAGGUCCUCGAUCCAGACGAUAGGACACCUCUUCAUUGGGCGGCUGCUUCAGUUCAACUUGAAUGCGUUGAGAUCUUACUACAGUUAGGCAUUGAUCCCUCCCCCCAUGAUGUCAAUGGGGGUACUCCUCUUGACUAUGCUAAGCAAACAGGAAACCAAGAAGUUAUCCGAAUUCUACAGCGAGCAGGGGCUCAGUUUGGUACCAUAGCAUCCGUAUCGUCGAGAGCAUCCCAGGAUGGGGAUAAGAUUGGUGAAGGAGACAGAAAAGAACCCUGGAAGAAACGGUUUGGGUUCAUCAGUGAGUGGUUUAACCGCCGGAAAAAUGGUCUGAGGUACAAAUCCCCAUCGGAGGAGUCAGACGGACCAAAUGGUACCAAAGAGUGGACAGUGGUUGCCAAGGCAACUUCUGAUCAUCCAAACUAUGCAGUGAGAUACAGUGAGGCAGAUUGCCACAGUGAUCACAUUGCUGGAAGCUCAGAGGAAGACUUAUCAGAAGAGGCCCUGCAUCGAGAUGUUGUUGGCAGGAUGAGGAGUGUGCCUCAUGGAAGCCAAGAAGAUCUACAAGAUACCACGCUCAGCAAAAGAAGCAUGAGUGAAGAUCUGAGCUAUACAAGAAGGAACUCAUUCCCUGUCAAUGGAGAUGGUUUAACUGCAGAUACCAUAGAUACAUGUAGGUCCUCACGGAGAGGGUCCGAUAACAUCCUCAGAGCAGUAUCACCUAUGCAUGUUGAUAACAUCCAGCUUAAAGGUAACAUCCCUGAUAAACACAACUUGCUGCCAACAGUCAGUCCUCUGCCCUCAUCAGUUCUUAUAAAAGGUCCAGGGUCAUCCAAUGAGGAGGUCCUGUCUUUAGGUGAGGUGUCUGUGCCAUUAAGGCCGUUAUGCCGAGACCUACCAGAUGCUGACACCGUACAACGCCAUGCACAGGAGAUCCUAGAUGCUCAAAGAAGUGAGAGUUGGUUGAGCUCUAGUAACAGCGGCAGUCGUAAACCAAUACCAAGUCUGUGCGGCCGAAGUUUGUCUCAGAAAAAUCUCUACAUCUCAAGUGUUCCCAAACUGGCUCCUUUAACAUCAAGGCCACCAGUGUCACCAGGAACAGGAGAAUCCUUUUUCUCUCUGUCACCUCAACGGACGACAGCCACAUCUCCAUCAUUACUGCUGCCAUCAGACAUGCAAUCUUCUAGCAUGCCAUCUCAUUACUUGCCAUUCAAACAACGAUCUCUUUCAAUAUCCUCAGAUGCUAAAUAUGGUUCAUGUCCAACAAUCAAUCAGAAGGGUCUCGCCAGUAAGACCAGCAACUUGAAAAGUUCUCGAUUGGAAGCGCUGCAGCCAAUUCAACCACACGAUACAGAGAAAAGUGAAAAGAAAAAGAAAAGGAAGAAACCAAAGCCCCUGACUGCUGCCAAAUUCCAAGACAACAUUGACUCUGCGGACUUGACUAGACCUGCCUCAGCCGAGCCAGCAAAGAGUCACCAGUUUAGCCAAUCACUGUCCACAACACUAGAAGUAGCAACAGCUUCUGUAAACUCUAUAAUCAAAUCCUGAAGCUCAUCACUUGUCUCAAGUCACCUGCAAACAUUUCCAAGUCAAAACUUUGAUUUGCAUAUGCCAUUAAAAAUGGAAAUUUCUUGCAGACAUCACAACUGACAAUAAGCAAACUGUAGAUGUGCCAACCACACUUAUUGUACAGUAAGAGUGGGCAACAUUUUCUCAGAUACAUGUAGAUACUUAAAGGAUUUCUUAAACCCUCUCCACAUACGUAAUGCUAACAACCUGUCAUUGAGUGAUUUUUACAUGUAAUGGGAAAACUUCCCAGCAGAUAAAUUUCCAACUUCAAAGUGUGGAAGUUUUUCUGGAAAAGGCAAAAGUAAAUAGAGGUACUGGAAAUUGUGGGACACUUAACCCUAACCCUCCUCAAUCCUUCACCUGUUGGAGGAUUGAGGAGGGUUAGGGUUAAUGACACAAAUUUGCAUCGUGGGAAAUUUGUGUUGCAAUAAGGGUAUCUUUAUCUUUCUUUAGAAAACACUCUGCUGUGUAUACAGAAAAAGAAAACUUCAUUAACUGUCCAAAUAUUGUAAAUAGCUCUGUUGACUUAAGAGAUGAUUUUUAUAUGUAUGUAUAUAUAUAUGUAUACAGGUGACUUCACACUCGGCAUUGCAUGGUUGUACACUGAUACGUAAGUCUUAAAGAAAAAAAAAAUUCUCUGCACAAGGAAAUGUAAAGUGCCAUUGAUUUUAUAACACUCACCAGAUCAACUAUAUUUUGGUGCAAAUGUUGUGUGUGUGUAUUUAGAAUGUUUUCUAGUCAAGUGCAAUUAUCUUUCAUCAUGUUUAAUCAAGUUUUUAAACUGCCACAUUGAUGAACAACUCUGCUUUUCUAGCCAACUAUUUAUUCGUUUAUGUUUUAUUUAGAUCGAUAGAGGACUGAACAUUCUCAAGUGAGUCUAACAUUAUUUAAACUGUGUAGAAAACACUUAGUCAAAUCAUGGAGGGUUUUUUGAGGAAAAAACAGUUAAAAGGCAAAUUAUUGAGAUUCUUAUUGGAUAUUAAUUUACAGCUCAAGUAUUUUUGUAAAGUAUUAAUCAAAAAUGAGUUUAUACAAGCUGCCUUUUUUCUGAUUUCCAAUCUUUCAUAGUCGCACCAUUUCCCUUUAUACAACUGAUAUUUUGUUAUGCUUAUUCUCAGCAAUCCUACCAAGUAUAUGGGCAAUAUCUUUAUCAGCAACUGUAGAAAAGAUAGGGAAAUUCAUUUAUAUUAUUUAUUGCUUUUUGUAAGCAUCUUUAACAGUAGUUGAACACAGUUUCCCUGAGGUUUCUCCUACAUGUAUGCAUGUAAUUAGAGGACAGGACAGUUUCUGAGUUGUGCAGGUUGGAUGAAAACCCAGGUGAUUAGUGGUCCUGUAAUAACAACCCACUCAGUGUGGGAACUAGAAAAUGGAACUUCCAUACUGAUCCUAACAAGUGUAGAAUUAGGAUUACAAAGGUUGGAGGACAAGGAUGUAACCAUGAAGAGAAGAAGUCAAAAUAAGCUUUUUCUCUUCCACAGCUCAAUAUUUUCUAGUACUGGUGCAAUAGUAACACAAUUAGAUUUUUUAUUGGCCAGAGUUGUAGGUAGUUGAAGGCCCUUUAGUAACGUUUUAUUGCCAGAGUAUUCGAACAAGGUAUUCCAAAGCGAACAACAUCUGGUCGCCAGGAUUUCUGAUGUGAUUAAAAAUUGACAAUACCUGUCGCAUCUUCUGUGUUUUUAUGAUCAAGUUUGCCAUCUAAUAGUAGAGGGCGCCCUUUGUUAAUACAUGUACGGCACAAUGAUCUUUGUUUUUGUUUUUUUCUAAGUAAGCAUCAACACGGGUUUAGUACACGUAUGCCAAUCUACGUGUGUAAUACAUGUGCGUGCAGUACUGCGAAGUGGUGAAGUGUUAGGUUGUUAUAAUUUGUGUGAAAUAUAGAAGAUUUUAUUUAUUUUAAUGAAAAGGCUUGAAAAAUGUCUCUUUUGAUCCAAAUGUGAAAUGGUUGACCCAAAUGGAAAACAAUUAAAUUGAUGUAUGAAUUGA